UCUUUCCUGUGAUACUUCUACAAAGGAUCAGACCACAGCUGGUUAUCCUGCUGACAUUCAGACACCAUGGAGCUGCGUCUCUCUGCCUGCGUCCUGAUGGUACUUUGUGCAACAUCGUGUGCAAAUGGAGGAAAUAUUUUGGUGUGGUACGCCGAUGCCAGCCACUGGAUAAACAUGAAACCUGUUCUGGAGACGCUGGUUGACAGGGGACACAAGGUAACUGUACUGAUUCCGAGCUCGUCAGUAUACAUGAACACCAAUGAACCCACCCGCUUUCACUAUGAGCCCUUCAAUGUCUCUUUCUCAUUGGAGGCUUAUAAGAAGCUUCUAGAAGACUUCCUCCAAUUCUCCAUAUACGAGAUGGAUUAUAUGAAUUACUGGAAGAUCUACAUCAGAUACAUUAACAUUUCAAAGACAAACCUUCAGUACAAUAUCCGGUAUUUGGACGGUGUGGUGAAAUCAGAAGCCAUUAUGAAGAAGUUGAAAGAGGGAAAUUAUGACCUUCUCUUGGCUGACCCCUGGAAAGCUGGCAGUGACUUAGUAGCAGAUAUUUUGGGGAUCCCACUCAUCUUCUCCUUGCGCUUCUCCUUAGCUAAUAACUGGGAGAGGCAUUGUGGUCAGAUGCCUGCUCCACCAUCCUUUGUUCCCGGUGCCAUGAGCAAACUCACAGAUAAGAUGGACUUCUCAGAGAGAGUGUGGAACUUUCUCUUCUACGCUCUCCAAGACAUCAUGAUUGAUCACACUUUUUGGAACGUAUUAGACAGAUAUUACUCUGAUGUCAAAGGAAAUAUUUUGGUGUGGUACACUGAUGGCAGCCACUGGAUAAACAUGAAGCCUGUUCUAGAGACGCUGGUUGACAGAGGACACCAGGUAACUGUACUGGUCCCGAGCUCAUCAAUGUACAUGAAAACCAAUGAACCUGCCCGCUUUCACUAUGAGCCCUUCAACGCCUCUUUCUCAUUGGAGACUAUAGAAGAUUUUUUGGAAGAGCUCCUCCAAUUCGUAUUAUACGAGUUGGAUUAUAUGAACUACUGGGAGAUCUUCACCAGAUCCGUUAAAUAUGUGAACACACACAUUCAGAUUUCUUUUCAGUAUUUGGACGGUGUGGUGAAAUCAGAAGUCAUCAUGAAGAAGUUGAAAGAGGGAAAUUACGAUCUUCUCUUGGCGGACCCCGUCAAAGCUGGCAGUGACUUAGUAGCAGAUAUUUUGGGGAUCCCACUCGUCUUGUCCUUUCGCAGCUCCCCAGUUAAUAACUGGGAGAGGCAUUGUGGUCAGAUGCCUGCUCCACCAUCCUUUGUUCCCGGUGCCAUGAGCAAACUCACAGAUAAGAUGGACUUCUCAGAGAGAGUGUGGAACUUUCUCUUCUACGCUCUCCACGACAUUGUGAUUGAUCACACUUUUUGGAACGUAUUAAACAGAUAUUACUCUGAUGUCAAAGGAACUCCCACCAGUGCCUGUGAGUUGAUGAGUAAAGCAGACAUCUGGUUAAUCCGAACCUACUGGGAUUUUGAAUUCCCUCGUCCUUUCCUCCCCAACUUCAAAUAUGUUGGUGGGAUCCACUGCAGACCUGCUAAACCUUUACCAGAGGAUCUGGAGGAAUUUGUGCAGAGUUCUGGAGAAGAUUGCAUUGUGAUCUUCACUUUAGGAUCCCUGAUCAACAACAUCACCAAGGAGAAGGCAAACAUGAUAGCCUCAGGCCUCGCUCAGAUCCCACAAAAGGUGCUGUGGAGGUACAAAGGAGAAAAACCAGAAACCUUGAGUGCCAACACUAGAAUAUAUGACUGGAUCCCUCAGAAUGACCUCCUAGGUCACCCUAAAACUAGAGCUUUCAUCACUCACGGAGGCACAAAUGGGAUUUAUGAAGCCAUCUACCACGGAGUUCCCAUGGUGGGCAUACCCGUGUUCAGUGACCAGCCAGACAACAUGAUCCACAUGAAGGAAAAAGGAACAGCAGUUAUUCUCAAUUUGAACUUCAUGACAGCUGAGGACCUAAGAGAUGCAGUCAACACCGUCAUUAAUGACAAAUCGUACAAAGAAAAUGCUAUGCGGUUGGCCAGCAUCCACCACGACAGACCCAUGAGUCCCCUGGAAGAGGCAGUAUUCUGGAUCGAGUUCACACUGAGAAACAAAGGGGCCAAGCACUUGAGGGUCCAGGCCCAUGAGCUCACCUGGUACCAAUAUCUCAGCCUGGAUGUCCUGGGCUUCUUCUUCACCAUAGUUCUACUCCUCAUAUUCAUCUUCAUCAAGACCUGCAGUUUCUGUUUGCACAUCUGCUGUGUCAGGAGAGGAAAGACCAAAAGGAAGGCUGAAUAACAACUGAAAAAAGGUGCUGAGAGUGUUGUGCCGGGGCAAUAUUCGUUACCUACAUGAGACUUUCUUUCAUGUAUGUUGAGUUUCCCACCAUCUUAUUCUUUAUGCAUCACCACUGAUUGCUUUAACUGAAGACAGGUGCAAUGAUUUGCAGAAGUGUACCUGAAGUUAAUCUCACAUUAAAAACAGAAUGCUGA